CGAAGCUUUAAGCUUUAGUACAUAUGGGAAAGUCGUUAAUGUCGCGUGUUUGCAUAAACAUGGGUCAAUCCUCCCACUUUCAACACAUUCUUGCCGGCGUCCCAUAUUAUCCCAUUCGCACCAGCAAGCCUUGCUAGGGCUUGCGUAUCCCUUCAAUUGCUAUAGGAUACUCUUCUCUAGACUCUAAUUGCCCAUUAUGUUGUCUUCUAUCGGACGCGCCGCAAUCAGGCGCUUGGGAUCAACGUCUAUCGUCGCAUCACCCCGCCGCAUUGUAGUCUCUCGGCUAGCUGAUAACUGUGGUCGCGAGUUCGUUCGAACCUUUGCUGCGGCGCGAACUAAGAAUUCCGUCACUGCCACGGCCUCGACGAAGCCCGCGACGACUAAAGGACCCUCGAAGACGUCAACCAAGACCAGCAGGUCGAUCAAAUUGAAGGCAACUAAAACAACCAAAACAACGAAAGCGACCAAAGGCAAGGCUAAGAAGACCACCCGCGCAAAAGCCAAACCCAGAGCCAAAGCUACACCUAAAAGAAAGAAGAAGGAAUUGACCCCAGAAAAGAAGGCUGCCGUGGAAAGAAGAGAAUUGAGAAAAACGGCACUUUUCACCGAGCCCAAACCGCUGCCGCACACCCCAUGGGUGAUUUUCGUAACCGAACAGACCAAGGAUAAACACACCCAGCCCUCAGAACUCCGAGAGAAGAUGAAGCAACUAGGCCAAACAUAUCAUACACUAUCUAGCUCUGAGCUUCAGCGAUACGCCGACGUCGCCGAGCAGAACAAACGUAAUAACUCUGUAGCAUACAAAGCAUGGUUAGAGAGUCAUAAACCGCAGCAAAUCAGCAGCGCUAUCAACGCUCGCUACCAAUUAAAGAAGAAAUAUAAUGUCCCUAAGGGACAAAUCAAGACCAUUCAUGACGACCGUCUCCCUAAAAGACCAUUAACUUCAUACGUCCUGUAUGCAAAAGCAAGAUGGGCCUCUGGGGAUUUUGCAAACCGCCCUAUCAUUGAGGCUACGCAGGCAAUUAGCCAUGAGUGGAAGAGCUUGUCGAGCACUGAACGCCAGGCUUAUGAUGAUCUUGCCAAGGCCUCGCGUGAUCAGUAUGAGAAAGAGGUUCAAUCAGUUCUGAAUCGCUCCGUGAGAAAGCCAUCGCCUAAAUCAUGAACAGGCCACGUCUCACACGAUUCACUCAUAACUUAAUGAAUACCAAUAUUCUGGAAUUGAUUGUUAUCUUUGUAGAUACGCGGGCGACGGACGAGGGUGCUCAGUGGAUAAACUAGGUCGCCUACCCAUCCUCAUUGUGCCUUGCAGUGAUGCAGGGGGUUUAUCGCGUACUGAUGCAAGGGCUUGGCUUCGGUUUGCUUUUUUGAAACGACCUGUACUUCUAAAUACUAUCUCAAGCAAUGUUCAGUUGGCCGGUUUUCCUACCUCUAGAUAAGCCUGUCUUAGAUUUUGCUCCGUCCACGGCUUCGAUAGCAACACUGGCAGAGGCAAAGGAAUGAGCUAGGACUAGAUAAAAAAAAAAAAAAACAUAACCAAAUAAAAUUCACUUCUAUGAACAU